AUGCUCACACAAUUCUUUGCAUUGAAUCUACGAUAUCCACAAGCAAGAAAGUAUCUAUAUAGAGAGAUUCCAGAGCAUUAUUAUUGGAACAAGCGGGAUAUGGAAUGGCAUCAUAGACGAUCAACAAGAAAAGUUAUCAGGAGAAUCUAUACGAUAUCACCUUUGGAGGGAGAUAAGUUUUACUUGCGACUGUUGUUAUCUCAUGUCACAGAUCCAACUAGUUGGGAAUAUCUUUUUACAAAUAAUGGCAUGACUUUCAGUACAUUCAAAAAAUCAGCCGAGGAUAUGGGAUUUCUAGAUACUGAUCAUAGUAUUCGUGAUUGUUUGGUUGAGGCUACGAGUCUCCGAAUGCCAUAUGCUUUACGAAGGUUAUUCGUGAUGAUUUUAAUAUUUUGUGAACCUACUGAUGUUAGAGGCCUUUGGAAUGAGUUUUUUACACAUAUGGUAAAGGAUUAUCAAACAGCUAACAAUGUUGUGGAAUCAGACUUAACUAAUAUGUUGUUAAAGGACUUGAAUGAACUCCUAAACCUGCACGGUAAAAAGAUUGAAAAUUAUGAUCUCCCAUCUUUACACCCUGAUACAAUAGACAGAGGUGCAGUUCCAAGUAUCAUACAAGAGGAGUUAGCGAUCGAUAUCCCCAAUGAAGAUAUUGAAUCUGUUGCUAAGUUAAAUAAUGAUCAAAUGAUUGCAUUCAACACCAUUAUGAAUGUAAUUAUUCAAAAACACGGUGGGGUAUUUUUUGUUGAUGGUCCAGGAGGAACAGGUAAAACAUUCUUUUAUAGAACAUUAAUGGCAAGUUUAAGAAGUAGAGGAGAAAUUGUCUUAGCAACUGCAUCAUCUGGUAUAGCUGCAACAUUGUUACCUGGUGGUAGGACUGCACACUCUCGAUUUAAGAUACCUAUUGAUAUUCAACUGAGUUCCAUUUGUGGUAUUCAAAAGCAAAAGGAUCUUGCAAAUCUCAUUAGAGUUGCUUCCGCAAUAAUUUGGGUCGAAGCACCAAUGACAAACAAAAAUUAUUUGGAAGCCUUAGAUCGAUCAUUACAAGACAUUUGUAGCAAGAAUGCUCCAUUUGGUGGAAAAAUUCUGAUCAUGGGGGAAGAUUUUCGUCAAGUUCUUCCUGUUGUAAGAAAAGGUACUAAGGCACAAAUGAUUUUAGCGUGUAUUAUUCAGUCUCAUUUAUGGAAUCAUACCAAGAUUUUGCGUUUGCGUCAAAAUAUGCGAUCAUUGCACGAUCAAGAGUUUGCAUAA